GGACAUUCUGACUGGUACGUUUCAAGAGUAGUAGAAGAGUCAUAAAACGUCGAAACACUGCAAAAGACUUUAUAAGACUUUUAAAAGUCAUAGACUCUGCAGCUGCACCGUUGUCAGGAUGCUAUAUGCAACGUUUUCAAGUGUAGGAUAGGGCGUGAACAGUUACAGAGGUGGUUUUCAAUCUGAGAUAACUCUGGAAAAGUAAUAGAUAGCUUGUUAGCUUUGAAUCGACAUGUUCUUAUCAACUGAACAGUUCAAAAAAGUCAACUUCUAUCAACAAAAAAAAUUGUUCAACAGUUCGUCAGAUCGAAAAGAUCAAACUAUUACACUAUUACUAUUGAGUCCUCUGCAUUUACCUUCGAUACAAGUUAAUAUGAAGAUUGAUGGCAAGCAUAGUUCAAUCUGUCUGAAAUCUUCGAGAAAAAUUCGUUCGAAUUAUUCUCAAAACCAGAUUCAGCCAACUGAUUUACACUUAGUUUUAUUUGAUGAAUAAAAGUAUAAUUUCAUUCAGUAGUGACAUAGUGUUGCAAAAUAAAAAUUUCACAUAUAUCUGAGCUCUGAAAUAUCUUUUUGCUAAUUUUUAUGUAACAGAUGUAUGUUGAGUUACUUUAAAUAUUUGCAAAAAGUUAGCCCUAUAGAGAUUUAUUCUAUUGAACUAUUGAUUAGCGUAUGGUACAAAAAGGAUAAAAGUUUUUACUGCGUGUGUUGCCAUUUACAAAUACUACAAUGCCGAAGAGUAUGUUUGAAAACUAAGUGGUGUAUCUUGUAAAAUCCUUUUCACGCUACAAAAAUUAGAUGCAAAGUUUUUCUUGAUCAUGCUUAAGUUUUUCAAAAAGUUGGGUUUAUUCAUUGUUAGCAACAUGAGUUAGUACGAACAUAGAAACAAAAAAUCCUCUUGUAAUGGAAUGAGAAGUUCAAAAACCAAUUCUAAAUAGUAAAAACUCUUAUUAAAGAUAUCCUGAUGAUAAUAAAGCAAAAACUCUCGUUCAGGAACAUGAGAAAACCUCUAGAGGACUGGCUUUUGAAGUUAGAUUAUUCUGAAAAUUCUCCUGUAGAUAUAGAUUGUGGUGUGGAGUCUAUUUUCGAGCCAAGAAAUACGGGCUGUUUCCAACCGAAAAACUCAGAGAAUAAUGGUAGAAAUUUGACAGCAGGAACUCGGUGGCUAGUUACGACCAGCACUAGAAAAAUCCGAUUACUGAAUUCCUGCUUCCAAGUUUCUAACAUUCCCCAAGUUUUCCGACCACCAGUUCACGGAUCCAAGCGUCUGAAUUAUUGACCUGCGUUAUAAAAUUCUUAGCUUCUCCGUCGUAAAGUUAGAGCAUUAUUCACUAAUUAUAUUGCAAUUAAUUAGCUAAUUAAGUUUAAUUAGGUGUUAGCUUAUAUUUUCAUCUAUAUUCAUAGGAAGAAAACUUGUUCAAAAGAAUAAUCUCUAAAAAGAAUUAAAGAUGGACAUGUCCCGUGUUCUCUGAUGUUGCCCGCAUAAUACAUGUUAAGAAUGAAUAUAAACUAUUUCAUUAUUUUAGAGUCAUCAUAUUCGUGUUGCUGCUUUAACAGCAUUAUGUUCUGUUAUUGAAAAACUUCUUUCAUCCAAUGAUUUAGAUGAUGGACAAAUAAAAAUGCGUGAUAAUCUCUUAAAAAUAUUACGUGAACAUGUACAUGAUGAAACAGGAUUUAUUCGUCAACAUUGUUUACAAUUAUGGACAUCACUUGUUAUAGAAAAAAAAGUUCCUGUUACACAAUAUCUUGAAGUAUUUGAACUCGGACUUGCUCGAUUAAUAGAUAUAGAUUGUGUAGUUCGAAAAGAUGCAGUAACACUUGUUAUGCAUAUGAUUCUUAAUAAUCCUUAUUUUGAUUUUGACUCAACUCGAGCUGAACUUGAAAAAGCACAAAAUGAUGCUGAAACAAAAUUAGCUAAACUUCGUCAAGAAUUUGAAAAAUUACAUAAAAUAAUGGAAGAAAAAAAGCCUCAAUCGGAUGAUGAAGAUAGUGGAGCAGAAGAUAAAAAUAUUGAUGACAAUAAUGAAAUGAAUGUUGAUAAUAAUCAAAAAAAAGAAAUAGAAGAAAAUAAAGAAUCAUAUGAAGAUCAAUCAUUUCAAGUAAUGUCAAAUUGUUUUGAAAUUCAAGAACAAGCAAUACAACAAGAAGAAAUUAUUGCUUUCUAUAAAGAUAGUCUUCGAUUUAUGGAUUUAAUUGAACAAGCAAAUCGACAUGUUGUUAAUUUAUUUAAUUCUUCAACAGUAGCUGAUUGUAAAGAAGCUAUUCAUUUUUUUGUUAAUCUUCAUCAUUAUCGUCUUAUUUUGCCAAAUAUCGAACAAAAUUUACGUUCAAUGUUUA